GAGAGUUGGAAGAACACGACCAAGCAACAAAAUAGAGAGAUCGAAGGAUUCAAGUUGGAUUUGGAGUAUAAAUCAACCAUAAACUUGAAUGAUAGCAUUGUUGUUCAAAGAGAUGAAGAGUGAGUCGAUUUGGGGUUUGGGUCUUGAUAUUCAAGCAAGAAUUUAAGGAAAGCGUAGAAAGCCUAUUUGUACAUGAAGAUGAAAGUUAACUUGUUCGAGUGAUUUCAUCGUCGAUGAUGGAUUCUAAUACUGGUAAUACAUCUCAAGAUGCUAGGGCCAUUGAUGACCGUGAUGAAGAUGAUGAUGAUGAAUAUGAAGAGGCUCGUGAUGGCAAUCGUCUUUUAGAAUUCAUGUUUGGAAAUAUUGAUGGGUCUGGUGAUCUUGAUAUUGAUUACCUUGACGAGGAUGCAAAGGAGCAUCUUGCUGCACUAGCCGACAAGCUUGGUUCAUCAUUAACCGAUAUCGAUUUGUCAGUAAAAGCAUCACAAAGAUCUGUCGAUACUGCUGAACAAGAUUACGACCUGAAAGCGGAAGAUGCAGUUGAUUAUGAAGAUAUUGAUGAACAAUAUGAGGGACCAGAAGUCCAAGCCUUCACCGAGGAGGACUAUCUAUUACCGAAAUCUGAUUUUGUUUCUACGACAGUACCGCCAGUUGCCUCAUCUUCUUUGUAUGAUGAUGAUAAUUAUGACGAUGAUGAAGAGGAAGAACUACAGAAAGAACUUGAUCGGGUGGAUAAUAAUGACCAUGUUCAAAGCACUUCUUUAUCAGGUGAGGUCGAUAACAACCUGGCAGUGCUUUCUCAAGGGAAAUACUCUCCCGAGGAUGGUAGUGGUGCAAUUGAAAUAGAAAACUCAGAUCCUGAUGUUGUGGAACUGCAGAAGUAUUGGUUGGGUAUAGUGAUAAGUGGAUUGGAAGUAGCUGCUAUUAAACUUAAGGAUGACACCAUUAUCUUAGAAGAGCCAUUUGAAGCUAAAAGUUCAACACCGCUGCCUGUUCUAUGCGUAGAAGAUGGGAAUGUGAUCUUACGAUUUUCAGAAAUUUUCGCUAUCCAUGAGCCUUUAAAGAAAGCUGUAAAGAGGGAACAGUGGUUUUCUGUUCCAAAAGAAAAAUAUACGGCCAUGGAUGUAUCUGAUAUUGUGGAGGAGGAUGAAGAGGCAUUUCUGAAGGGAUCUUUAGAAGGUUUUUCUUAUACGAGACGGGCACAUGUAUUUCAAGAUGAUUUAUUGACGUUACAGGAGGAUAAACAAGAGCUUCCAAAAUCCAGGACUGUUGAUGCAGAUGAAACGGGGGCUCCAGAAGUUGAUGAUAAGAGGAAAGGCUAUUUUCAUGAUGUUAUGCUGUUGGAUGGAAACACAGCAUCAGAUUUGUCUCUGGAUUGGAAUAAAACUUUCUGUGAUGAUUAUUUCCCUCUCGAUCAGCAAGACUGGGAAAAUAGGAUCAUCUUUGAUAAUUCUCCAGCUGUAAGUGAAACUUCUGGUGGAAGUUGUGAGAUCUCUGGACCCGAGUUUGAAGCUAUAGGAAGUAAGGAGUUUCACUCAUUGAAUGGGCCAUUGAAGUCCAAGACACAGCUUGAUUUGAGAGCUGAUGAGGAAGAUAAUGGUCAUUUUUGUCGUAGCCGUCCUGUUUCUCUAGAACCAUUUGGGUCAAGAAAAUCUCCAAAAUCAUACAGCUCCUCUGAAGAAGCCAUUUAUCAUCCCCAACUUUUGAGGUUAGAGUCUCGGUUGGAAGCAGAUGACACAGACCGUUUAGAUGGUAAAAAAGACGGUACAGUUGAAAGUGAUACCAUUAGGCGCUUUAACAAGCUUGCUUUACGCAAUAAAGAGGUGCUAAAUGGGUCUUGGAUGGAAAGAGUAGUUUGGGAACCACAUCAAUCUGUUUCAAAGCCGAAAUUACUUCUUGAUCUUCAAGAUGAACAGAUGCUUUUUGAAGUUUUAGAUAACAAGGAUAGCGAGCAUCUUCAACUUCAUGCUGGAGCCAUGAUCACAACUCGCUCUGCUGAGUCUGCUGGUGGUGAUUCAUUGGAGCUACAUGGUUAUGGAGGUCAAUCUGGAGGGAGAUUUAAUAUUGCUAAUGACAAAUUCUAUUCAAACAGGAAAUCCUCCCAGCAGCUGAAAUCACAUUCUAAGAAACGUGCAGCACAUGGUGUUAAAGUCUUGCAUUCAAUACCCGCACUUAAGCUACAGACAAUGAAAGCCAAGCUUAGCAAUAAAGAUAUUGCGUAUUUUCAUCGGCCAAAAGCUUUAUGGUAUCCCCAUGAUAAUGUAGUGGCACUUAAGGAACAAGGAAAGCUUCUUACAAGAGGAUCAAUGAAAAUCGUAUUGAAAAGCUUGGGAGGGAAAGGCAGCAAACUGCAUGUAGAUGCCGAGGAGACCAUAUUAUCUGUCAAAGGAAAAGCUACUAAGAAGCUUGAUUUUAAACCAUCUGAGCCUGUAAAAAUAAUAUACUCUGGAAAGGAGCUUGAAGAUCAAAAAUCUCUUGCUGAGCAAGAUGUUAGACCGAAUUCUUUGCUUCAUCUUGUUCGUACGAGAAUACAUCUGUUACCGAGGGCCCAAAAGCUUCCUGGUGAGAACAAGUCCUUGCGUCCUCCUGGGGCUUUUAAGAAGAAAUCAGAUCUUUCAGCGAGAGAUGGCCAUGUAUUUCUAAUGGAGUAUUGUGAGGAAAGGCCUUUACUUCUUGGAAAUACUGGAAUGGGAGCUCGUUUGUGCACUUAUUACCAAAAAUCAAAUCCUGGUGAUCAGGCUGGCACCCUAUUGCGUAGCGGGCCUAACAAUUUGGGGAACAUCCUCACACUUGAUCCUGCUGAUAAAUCUCCAUUCUUAGGAGAUAUAAAGGCUGGUUCAAUCCAAUCAUGUCUUGAAACAAAUAUGUACAGAGCUCCAAUAUAUCCGCAUAAAGUCUCAUCGACAGACUAUUUACUAAUUCGGUCUGCAAAGGGAAAGCUCUCUUUAAGACGCAUUGACCGGAUUUAUGUUGUUGGGCAACAGGAGCCUCACAUGGAGGUAAUGUCUCCUGUAUCCAAAGGUGUUCAGAUGUAUAAUAUGAAUAGACUACUGGUGUUUAUGUAUCGUGAGUUUCGUGCUCUUCAAAAGCGUGGAUUGGUGCCUGCCAUCCGUGCAAAUGAGUUAUCAGCACAGUUUGCAAAUGUGGCCGAAGUUUCUCUAAGGAAGAGGUUAAAGGUGUUCUGUGAUUUCCAGAGGGGUUCAUAUGUUAUGAAGCGAAAUUUUCGUGUUCCAUUGGAGGAGGAGCUUAGAAGGAUGGUUACACCAGAAAAUGUCUGUGCCUUUGAAAGCAUGCUAGCUGGCAUGUAUAGGCUCAAACGUCUGGGUAUCAGCAUGACUCAUCCAGCUGGUCUCUCCUCUGCAAUGAAUCAGCUUCCUGACGAAGCAAUUGCUUUAGCGGCUGCAUCCCACAUUGAAAGAGAACUACAAAUAACUCCCUGGAACUUGAGCAGCAACUUUGUUGCGUGUACAAAUCAGGAUAGAGGAAAUAUUGAGCGCUUGGAGAUUACUGGUGUUGGUGACCCAUCUGGUCGAGGCUUGGGAUUUAGUUAUGUUCGCACUGCUCCGAAGGCACCAGUGUCGAAUGCUGUAGCAAAGAAAAAAGUAGCUAUAAAUCGAGGGGGCUCUACAGUGACGGGAACAGAUGCUGAUCUACGUAGAUUAAGCAUGGAAGCGGCAAGAGAGGUUCUCGUUAAGUUUAACGUUCCAGAGGAGCAGAUCGCAAAACUUACAAGAUGGCAUCGGAUAGCAAUGAUCCGAAAGCUUUCUAGCGAACAGGCUGCUUCAGGAGUAAAGGUGGAUCCAACAACCAUCAGCAAGUAUGCACGUGGCCAAAGAAUGUCCUUCUUGCAGCUUCAACAACAAACUAGAGAAAAAUGCCAGGAAAUUUGGGACCGACAAGUUCAAAAUCUUUCUGCCAUUGAUGGUGAAGAAAAUGAAAGUGAUACCGAAGCAAAUAGUGAUCUGGAUUCAUUUGCAGGGGAUCUUGAAAAUCUGUUGGAUGCAGAAGAAUGUGAUGAAGGGGAAGAGGGCAACUAUGAGUCCAAUAAUGAAAAUUUAGUGGGUGUUAAGGGGCUUAAAAUGAGAAGGCUGCCUUCGCAAGCUCAGGCAGAAGUGGAAAAUGAAGAUGAAGCAGCUGAAGCAGCAGAAUUAUGCAGAAUGCUCAUGGAUGGUUUGACCUUCAAAUUUCAAGUUUGUCUUCUCUGGAACAGCAUUUGUUUUGUUUUAAUUGGCUUAAAUGGUAUAUGGGAUCAUACAGCAGAUGAUGAGGCUGAAAGGAAGAAGAAAAAGGUCAAAUCAGUAGGGGGAGAUAUGGGAUUGACGGCUUUGCAGCAGUUAAAUCACAAUUCCAAAAACAAGGAGAGGUUGAAGGCCAUCAACUCAAAUUUGAAGCCUAUGUCUGGUAUCACCAGACCUGAUGGAUCAUUUUCGAUAAACGAGAAUGCUGUUAAAUCGUUAAAAGAUGAUGAAUUAUUUCCUUACAGAAAGAACUUUUCUGGAAAGAUGAAACCCAAAAAGAAGGAUGAUCUUGAACAAGUUGGUGGUUUAUUGAAUAAGAAGCUUAGAAUUUUGAAUGAUGGAAUGAACAUUAUGAAGGUCGGAAAUACAAAGAAGAAUGCAAGAGAGAGUUUCGCAUGUGGAGCUUGUGGUCAGUAUGGUCACAUGAAGACUAAUAAACACUGUCCCAAGUAUAGAGAAAAUUCUAGCAUUCAAGUCGAAAGUAAAGAUCCUGAAAAGGGGUCUGCAAAAUCUAUUAGUUUGGACCCGGUCGCCAAGCCACAACCGAAGAAUACCGUAAAGAAGCUUAUACAAAAGGGUGGGACAAAACUUGCAGUUGUAGAAGCACCCCCGGAGGAAGAGAAGAGCUCUUUGAAGGCCAAGGUUCUGAAGGUAAAAUGUGGUCCCGCCAAUAGCAAGAUUCAGGAAAAGGCUACUCCCAGCACCUCACAGGUUUCCGAUAGACCGGUAACUUCAGACACUGAAACGGUUAAUAAAUCUUCAGUUAAAGUUAAUAAAAUUAUUUUCUCCAACAAGACGAAAGCUGAUGAUGUCCAAGUUGAAUCUCAUAAGCCCUCCUCUCUUGUGAUACGGCCACCAGUAGAGAGCAGCAGAAAUCUGCCUAGAAAAACAAUCGUUAUUAAACGACCAAAGGAAGUCUUUGAUCUGGACCAGGGUAGUCAGGAAGUAAGCCCGGGACUAGAGCCUAGAAAGACGAAAAGAAUCACCGAAUUAUCUGGUUUCCAAAAGCAUAGAGAUCAUGAAGAACAUUUUGUAGAAAGGGUUCGGUCUAAUAGAGCGAAAGAUAAUAGUAAUCAGUUUUGGGAAGAUGAACAGACAUUGAGAAUAGCCGAGAGACAGAGAGAAGAGAGGGAUAGGUUACUGUAUGAGGAGCAGCAAGCGAGAAAGCUAGAAGAGCAGGAGAGGGUUGCUGAGAUUAGACGGUUUGAAGAGGACAUAAAACGAGAAAGGGAAGAAGAAAGGCGUCAGCGGGAAAAAAAGAAGAAAAAGAAGAACAUACAUUUUGAGACAAGAAACGACUUUUUAGAGGACACUCGCCCGAGAAGAGAUGAUAGACGGAUCCCUGAAAGAGACCGGACUGCAAAGAGGAAACCCGUUAUAGAAUUGGGCGGGAGGUUUGGUGCUGAGUACACCCCAACUGUAAAACGCCGCAGAGGAGGUGAGGUUGGUUUGGCAAAUAUCUUGGAGAAGAUCAUCGAUACGCUAAAGGCAAAUGAGGUGUCAUUUCUUUUCUUGAAGCCGGUGACUAGGAAAGAAGCUCCAGACUACCUGAAGAUCAUCAACCGUCCAAUGGACCUGUCUACGAUGCGUGAAAAAGUGAGAAGAUUGGAAUAUAAAAGCCGAGAUGCUUUCAGGCAUGAUAUGUGGCAAAUUACGUUCAAUGCUCAUAAAUAUAACGAUGGAAGAAAUCCGGGUAUUCCUCCCCUCGCCGACCAGCUGUUGGAGCUGUGUGAUUUCUUGUUAUCUGAAUACGACGCAAUCUUGGCAGAAGCCGAAGCAGACAUAGAGGAGUAAAAAUGUAAUGUAAAAUUGUAAAAAAUUACCCUGUAAUUUAGUUGAACAAGGGUAAAAGAGUUCUUUUUGGUGGUGAUGAGUGAGAAUGGGCAUGGCUUUACUUGGAGACUUGUAUAUAUGUUAGCAUAUUGAAAUAGGUACAUGUUUUGUAAACCAUCUGCUUUCUGUACUGGCUGUAGCCUGUAUGUGCAAAAUUGUGGUGGUGGUGGUGGUGCUUGUUCCGGUCUCAA